AACAACACGCUUAAAACAAUACAAAUUUUGGUUAUUUAAAGCAGUCGUGAUCUAACAGGAAGUAGAUGAAGAGCACUUAAAAGCAGCCACCUGAAAUCAGACAGCAAAUGUCUGCAGACAUGCGAAACUCAUUGGCUAUCAACAUCCUCUUGUUCUUUGUAGGAGCAUGUUUUUCAUUGCCUGUUCAGAAUUCUUCACAUUUCGAAGCUAACAGAAGUAAGAGAAGUUACUCAGAUGACAUUGAGGAAAAUGAUAAAACUGCCAUGGACGAGAUUAUAGACAUAAAUGACUAUCAAGGCAUCUUUUCUGUGGACGGCACUAGCCUCAGAGAGGGAGAUAUAGUUGUUUCUGGAAGGAGCCAGAGGAGUUGUUUCGCCAGGAGCUGUCUGUGGAACAAGUCUGUUGAUGGACACGUGUACAUUGCUUACACACUUUCUCCCGAGUACAGUGAUGUGGACAUACAGAACAUUAAUAGAGGCAUGACGCUAAUUGAACAUGAUACCUGUGUGCGCUUUGUGUCAAGAACACACCAGCGUGACUACCUGGAUAUUCAGCCCAAAUCAGGAUGCUGGUCAUAUCUGGGGGCACGUGGGGGCAGACAAACCAUUUCUCUACAGUCCCCCGAGUGUACUGUAUCAGGGGUCACCUCCCAUGAGCUCAUGCAUGCCCUGGGCUUUGUGCAUGAGCAGUCACGAGCCGACCGGGACAAGUAUGUCUCCAUCGUGUGGUCCAAUAUAUGGAAAGACAGGUUGAGGAAUUUCGAAAAGUUCAAAACAAGCAACUUGGACACCCCAUAUGACUACAGCUCUAUCAUGCAUUUUGGAAAGUAUGCCUACUCUGAGGAUGGUGGUCCUACCAUUAUACCAAAACGGAACCGCAAUGUGAAGAUUGGACAGAGAUUUGGGCCCAGUGACUUAGAUAAAAUGAAGAUCAAUAAACUGUAUAAUUGUGAUGUCUAACAUAAUCCAUAUACACAUCUUAUGAUUCAUCAGAGGUUUUAAAACCUGACAUUAUUAUUGCAAUUAAUCUUUAAGUUCUUUUAUAAUUUCUAUCUAGUUGAUAUUUUUGUAAGGUAGAACUGUUGAGGAUUGCCACAAUAGUGAUGAAAUGUUAUAU